GCUCAGCGGCAAUCAAACAACAGUCUACACUGAACAUACCGCACCGCUGUGACGGUGCACAUUUUCUCUGACAUUUCUAAUUGUCAAAUUGCUUGCAGUGACAUUUAUAAAUUUUGCUGUGUUGUGUUCUUGCAUUUUUUCCUCAAAAGUUACCGGAAUAUUAUAAAUUUUCGAUCAUUAUUACACAUUUUUAAACGUUACACUUAUAAGCAUGGAUCGUUUAUUGCGUUUGGGAGGCGCUAUGCCGCAAGCACCACCACCAACAGAUGCCCCUGUUGUGGAUACUGCUGAGCAAGUAUACAUCUCUUCGUUGGCGUUACUAAAAAUGUUAAAACAUGGUCGUGCUGGUGUACCAAUGGAAGUUAUGGGUUUAAUGUUGGGCGAAUUUGUAGAUGAUUACACGGUACAAGUAAUCGAUGUAUUUGCUAUGCCGCAAACAGGUACUGGCGUUUCGGUUGAAGCUGUUGAUCCAGUGUUUCAAGCGAAAAUGUUGGAUAUGUUAAAACAGACUGGCAGACCGGAAAUGGUAGUUGGUUGGUAUCACUCGCAUCCUGGUUUCGGUUGUUGGUUAUCUGGUGUCGAUAUCAAUACACAACAAUCUUUUGAAGCAUUAUCGGAACGUGCUGUGGCCGUUGUUGUUGAUCCGAUACAAUCGGUGAAGGGCAAAGUAGUUAUUGAUGCCUUCCGUCUUAUCAACCCGAAUAUGUUGGUAUUGGGGCAAGAACCGCGUCAGACUACCUCAAAUUUAGGUCAUCUCCAAAAACCUUCAGUGCAGGCCUUGAUACAUGGCCUUAAUCGGCAUUACUACUCGAUUAGUAUUAAUUAUCGUAAGAAUGAAUUAGAACAAAAAAUGCUUCUUAAUCUGCACAAAAAGUCUUGGAAGGAUGGUCUGACAUUGGCUGAUUACAAUGAACAUUGUUCGAUCAACGAAAGUACGGUGCAAGAAAUGCUCGAAUUAGCUAAAAACUAUAACAAGUCACUUGAGGAUGAAGAAAAAAUGACACCCGAACAGCUGGCGAUCAAGAAUGUUGGAAAGCAAGAUCCCAAACGGCAUCUUGAAGAGAAAGUCGAUAAGGUGAUGCAAAACAACAUUGUACAAUGCCUUGGUGCUAUGCUCGAUUCAGUUGUAUUUAAGUGAGCUAGUGAUUUUCUGUGGCAUUUGACUUUGAAACAUACAAACUGAACUGCAAAGGAGUUCAAUGUACUAUGCAUUAAUGUAUUUUUAAAAAUAACAAAUCUUAACUGAAAUAAAAAAUAAACAAAACUCUUUUUUGUAC